AUGGAAGCUGCUCAAGGACCGAGCCCUGCGACGAGGGCCGAGGUGCUGAAUGCCCGGCUGACCGCUCGCGGGGCGGAGGUGGCCGAUGACGAUGCGGGCGACCACCAUCUUCGGGUCACGCGCUACACUGGCGUCAACCCGCCCAUCGCGCUCACCACCAACUACCACUGGCCCACGCGGCAAGACGAAAUGGAGGGAAACUACUUCUACUACUCGCGGUCGGACAACCCCAACUACCUCCUCCUCGAGAAGGAGCUCACCCGACUUCACCACGGCUCCUCGGCGGUGGUGUUCGCCACGGGCAUGGCCGCCAUCUCGGCCGUCCUCCUCUCCCUGGUGCGGAAGGACAAGGCGGUGGUGCGCGCGAACGAGAUCUACAACGACGUGCCGCGGCUCCUGCAGGAGAUGACCGAAAUGAGCGGCACCCAAGUCAUAACUGUCGACAUAUGCGACACAGAAGCGGUCAUCAAGAGCGUGGAACAGGAGAACGUGCGGGUGCUGUAUUUCGAGUCGGCUUCCAACCCCAACAGCUUCGUGCCCGAUUUCGACGAACUCAUCCGACGGACCAGAGAGGUCAACCCGCAGUGCCUCGUGGUGGUCGACAACACCUUCCUCUCGCCCAUCCACUUCCGUCCGCUCGAUCACGGCGCCGACAUCGUCAUCGAAUCGGGCACCAAGUACCUGAGCGGGAAGGGGGAUGUUCUCCUAGGAGCCGUGGUCUUCAGAAAGAAGCAAGCCGAUCAGGGAGAUAUGGUGUUGACGGCCAUAACGCAGCGCGUGAAGCGUUGGCGCUCGGUCGGAGGCGGGUCGCCCUCGCCCAUGUCCUGCUGGCUCGUCAGCAAGGGCCUGGAGACACUUCGCCUGCGCAUGCACCACGCCACCGCCACCGCUCUCGAAGUGGCCAGGUUUCUUGAGACGGUCCCGUGCCUCAGCCGCGUCGUGUUUCCCGGGCUGGCCAGCCACCCGUGCCACACGCGCGCGGUCAAGUACUUUGGCGAGAAGAACAGCGGCGCGGUGCUCAGAUUCCACAUAUGUCUCUACGGCCCGACCGUGGACCAGAUGCUGACCGACCCGCAUCCUUUCAUGCACGCCGUCUCGCUGGGCGAAUCCCACACGCUCCUCUACCCGGUGCCCGGCGAGUCUCGUCUCUUCCCCGAAGACGCCGAGCGUGAGGUGCCGGACUACGUUGGGUAUUGGUUCCGAGUGGCCAUCGGGUUGGAGACCGCAGAGGACAUCAUUUCCGGUUUCCUCCACGAGCUGGUGACGAAGGUGGGCGAGGUCAAGAAGUUCGACGCCAAAACGCGACAGCUGAGCUUCAGAGGCAAGCUCCCCUCGCCCUGUCCGUACCUCUUCUUUUUCGCUGGCGAAAGCGACGGCGGCAAAGGCCAAAAGCCCCCAUCUCAAUCGACCGAUGGCCAGGGUACGCGCCGAGCGAUCUUCAUCGAGAGGGUGGCGGGUGACGAAGCCGGUGGUGGCAAGGCUGCCAAGAAGGGCAAGGCCACAGUCACGCUGGGCCUCGCAGCUGCGGCCGACGAGAAGGCCCUGCUGACCAAGGGCACCGCGCUCUUCUGCUUUAAGUCCGCUCUCACCCUCUACACCGAACUCGUCGGAAAGAAGUAG